AUGCCAGAGGGUCCUGCUCAGUCCGAGCGCUCCGCGCUGCCCGAGGGUCCCACGCCAGAGCCCGAGGGUCCCACGCCAGAGCCCGAGGUCGCCCGUCUCCACCGCCACACGCCACGCGGCCGUCCUGGCAGUCCUGGCCCCUCGUCGCCGCUGCCGCUGGGAGUGCGGUCGGCCUCCAGUCCUGUGUCUCUGUCAGUCAGUCCAAACCUUCAGCAGUUCUUCAGUGAAUCUUCUUCAGUGUCUCUGAGCUGUGUUGAUGGAUGGACAGUGAGGAGGACCAGAGGAGGACUCACUGAGGACUGUGGGGCAGCUGCAGACUUUAAGAAGGUUAACAGUUCCUCAUGUCUUCUGGAUCUCUCUGUCUCCUCUGAUGGAAGUUACUUCUGUGUGAAUCCAUCUGGACAGCAGAGCGAUGGAGUCUCCUUCACUGUGUCAGAUAAAGGUGUGAUCCUGGAGAUCCCUGCACUUCCUGUGAGGACAGGAAGUGAUGUCACUCUGCGCUGUAAACCCAAAGAUGGUUCUAGACCAAAAUCUUAUUUCUUCAGAGAUGGUGGUGAACUUGGACCUGGACCUGAAGGAGAGUGGAUUCUGUCUAACGUUCAGAAGUCUGAUGAAGGUCUCUACAAGUGUUCUACUGAUAUUCAUCCAUCAUCUCCUCAGAGCAGACUGAGGGUCAGAGACUCCUCCUCCUCCUCCAGCUCCUCCCUGCCUCUUUAUCUCCUGGUCCUCCCUGUAGUCCUGCUCCUGGUCCUGGUCCUGGUCCUGGUUGGAGGUGUGGGUCUGUGGAGGAAACAGAGAGGAACCAGAACUUCACCUCCUCCUCUGGAUGUGACCUAUGCUGAUGUCAACAUCACACAGAAGGACAAAAGGAGAGCUAAGCUGAAAAAACAUCCUGCAGAUACAGAUACAGUCUACUCUGGUGUGAGGACACACACUGCAGGUCCUGCUGACAUCACCUAUGGUCAGAUUGUCAUCAGGGCUCAGAGACCUGCUCGUAUGGAAAAUGAACUUCCACCUGAUCCAGAUGUUGUGUAUUCAUCAGUGAGAGCAGGAACAUGAGGACAGUCCUUGGAAGACCUUCGCUUCUUUCAUUUAGUGUUUAUCUCCUUAAUAAAAAAAAUGCUUUUGUUAAGUUUUUUCUAUUUGACCAUCGUGUUCAGCUUCUCUACUAAUACUGUGUCUAACUACUUUGACAUCACUGCAAAAUACUGAAAAAGGUUCAAAAUAUAUUAACUCAAAAGAAAGUG